AAAGGCCAUGGUGAUGGUAACCGUGUUCGACCACGGGUCUUUUCUUCUUCGGAACAAGAUCAUGUGCUUGGUUAGUGGAAACGUUCUUUUUGUCUUCGGGAACUUUGCGACAGUCAUGGUAAUCUCUGUUGACCGCUAUUUGUCCGUUGUUUGGUCAGACCGGUUCCCUCCUUCGAAGCCAAGAACCAUCGCUUUUAUUGCCAUCACUUGGGUGAUCGCCAUUGGAUCUUCAUUCCCCUCUUUAUUCGGAAGGCUAGCCAAGAUCAGGUACAAGCAGAUGUCUCACGGGUGUGGUCCAGACUGGGAGGGAAACUGUUUCUAUUACAUCAUUUUGAACAUCGCCAUGUUUGCCUUCAUCGUCCCUGCGAUGGUUCUCUGCUAUACUGGUGUGUUCCUGAAAGUGUGGCGUCAAAAACAAGUGCUUCGGUCCAAAGCCUUCAGUAAACCUAGCGUCGUAAGCACUCCCAUGCUCGUACCUCCUGUACAGGACGACGACAACGGUGAUGACUAUAGUAAGGACAUACAAACAGAUGAUGACGACAAUCCGGACGAAGGCACUUCUUCGAUUAUUCUUACUCCGGCAAAUUCAUUGGAUUGUACUCGGUCUUUAAACAUAAAGGACUCCUUGACCAACCAUGUUAAAAGACAAAGCAAAGAAGGUGAGGGUAUCCACCGAGGAACCUUGACAACGGUGAUCAAGAAUAAGAACCACCGGUCCAUGCAGAGGAAACUCAACAUCGAGAAAAGGGUUGCCCUAACUGGGACCCUCCUGGUGCUUACAACUCUCGGGUGCUGGGCGCCAUAUUGCGUCGUUAACUCCUGCGUGCUAUCCCUCCGCAUCCCUCACUGGGUAGUGGUGGCGGCUGUGUGGUUGGGAUCAUGCAACUGCUUAUUGGAUCCUCUCAUCUACACCUUCAUGCAGAGACGAAUUGGAUCACACUAUCGCUGCUUUCGUAGCCACUGAAAAGUUCGACAAAGCCAAUGUUUUUUUUUCUUUAAAUAUGUGAUGCAGUCAAGAC